GCCCUGACAGUCCCACACCUGCCGUGACGGCCCAACACCUGCCCUGACAGUCCCACACCUGCCAUGAUGGCCCAACACCUGCCCUGACAGUCCCACACCUGCCAUGAUGGCCCCACACCUGCCAUGACAGUCCCACACAUGCCAUGAUCGGUCACCACCUGCCAUGAUGGCCCAACACCUGCUCUAACAGUCCCACACCAGCAAUGAUGGCCCCACACCUGCUCUAACAGUCCCACACCAGCAAUGAUGGCCCCACACCUGCCAUGACAAUCGCGCGCACCUGCCCUGACAACCUCGAUCACACCUGCCCUGACAGUCCCACACCUGCCAUGACGGCCCCACACCUGCCCUGACGAUCCCACACUUGCCCUGAUCGACAGCCCCACACCUGCCUUGACAGUCCCACACCUGCCCUGACAGUCCCACACCUGCCUUGACAGCCCCACACCUGCCGUGAUGUACGGCCCCACACCUGCCUUGACAACCCACACCUGCAUUGACGUAUGGCCCCACAUAUCUGCCCUCACAGUCCCACACCUGCCAUGACGGCCCCACACCUGCCGUGACGAUCCAACACCUCCCAUGAUGGGCCCACACCUACCGUGACGACCCCAAACCUGCACUGAUGACACAACACCAGCCCUGACACACCCACACUUGCCUUGACGAGACCACACCUGCCCUGACAGCCCCAAACCUGCUCUGACAAUCCCACACCUGCCCUGAAAUCCUCACACCUGCUUUGAAAGCCCCACACCUGCCCUGACGAUCCAACACCUUCCAUGAUGGCCCCACACCUACCCUGACGACCCCAAACCUGCACUGAUGACACCACACCUGCCCUGACAGCCCCACACCUGGCCUGACAAUCCCACACCUGCCCUGACAUCCUCACACCUGCCCUGAAAAUCCCACACCUGCCAUGACAGCCCCACACCUGUCCUGACAAUAAUCCUUGAUGGGCCCACACCUGCCCUGCCAACCCUACACCUGCUCUGAUGACCCCACACCUGUACUGAUGACCCCACAUAUCAUUGCCCUAUUUCGUGACAAUCUAUCGUCUGGUGCAGUGGUUCCCAAUCUGGGGGGCGUGAGCUAGGUAAAGAGAGGGCGUGAUUCCAUCUCCCAAAAAUUGCAGUUUUGCAAGAAAUAAACACACACACACACACACACACACACACGAAGGAGUAACAAAUGAUGUGGGGCGUGAGGAUUUCUUAUAAAUCAAUAGGGGGCAUCAUGUGAAAAGUUUGGGAGCCACUGGUCUAGUGUCUUUAUUUUUUUGGCAUUAGCUUAUGUGUCUCUAUUCAGGGGAAGGGACAGUUAGUUCAUGUAUUAUUUUCCCAUUUCAUAACAUAAUCUAUCACCUUGCAUCCAUUUCUUUCCCAGUAGUUCUUUGUAUUUUUCCAACAGUUUGUCAUUUUCUUUUCAGUUCCUGUCCAAGAGAUUUUGUCAUAAUUCAGAGGAAGGAGGAAGCACGCUGGUCUGUUGUGUUUCAUCUCGUAAUGUCCUUUUCGUAAUUUCCAGCAGCAGCUUCCAAUUAUGUUUUCACUUUGUGUCACUUUGUAUCUUCCAGAGGUUUGCGAUUAUGCUGUUACUUACUGUCUGGAAAUGCUGCCUUCGUUGUGAGGAUGGAAGAAGUAGCUACAUAUUAUCCUCUGUAUUAGUAUAGCUACACACUAUUAUUCCAUGAUGUAAUCUAUUGCAAUGUAUCUUUUUGUACUUUCCAGCAGCCUGCAAUCAUGCCUUUCCUUCCUGUAUUAAUUGUGAGGAUGGAAGAAGUAGCUACAUAUCAUCCUCUGUAUAUACUAUUAGAAGUAGCUACACUAUUAUCCCAUAUUGUAAUCUAUUGCAAUGUAUCUUUUUGUACUUUCCAGCAGCCUGCAAUCAUGCCCUUCCUUCCUGUAUUAAUUGUGAGGAUGGAAGAAGUAGCUACAUAUCAUCCUCAGUAUGUACUAUUAGAGGCAGGUACAUACUUUCCAUACUGUAAUCUAUCGUAAUGUAUUGUAUUGUAUUUUCCAGCAGCCUGCAAUCAUCCCCUUCCUUCCUGUCUUGAUCUUCCAACACUCAGUUCUAAGCACACAAGCACAUGUUAUCUUAUUCCACCCCUUUGUUCUUCCUCCCUUCCUCAGUAUCUAACCUUUCCUUGUUGGUUUCCAUGAAUAAGUUUUUUCCUUUUUGAGUAUGUCUUCCUAAUGUAACUAUUGGUCUAUGUUUUUGUUUGUUUGUUCUAGUCCACACACACACACACACACACACACACACACACACACACAUACAGACACACACCAGAAUUGGUUUGGGAAUUCUAUUUUCUCAUCAGCUUCCUGUCUAUCCCCUGUCUGCCUGUAGCACCAGUAGGCCCUCUUGGACGGCCCCAGCCCAUUAGCGGUCUUAGCCAGGUCUUUCUCUGCCUCUGUGGUGGAUAGUGGAGUGUUUCCCAUGUGGUAUUGGUGUGCUGGAUAUCCCUUCACUGGUAGCCUGGUAACAUACACUCCCAGGUCUUUCUCUGCCUCUGUGGUGGAUAGUGGAGUGUUUCCCAUGUGGUAUUGGUGUGCUGGAUAUCCCUUCACUGGUAGCCUGGUAACAUACACUCCCAGGUCUUUCUCUGCCUCUGUGGUGGAUAGUGGAGUGUUUCCCAUGUGGUAUUGGUGUGCUGCAUAUCCCUUCACUGGUAGGCUGGUAACAUACACUCCCAGCUCUUUCUCUGCCUCUGUGGUGGAUAGUGGAGUGUUUCCCAUGUGGUACUGGUGUGCUGGAUAUCCCUUCACUGGUAGCCUGGUAACAUACACUCCCAGGUCUUUCUCUGCCUCUGUGGUGGAUAGUGGAGUGUUUCCCAUGUGGUAUUGGUGUGCUGGAUAUUCCUUCACUGGUAGCCUGGUAACAUACACUCCCAGGUCUUUCUCUGCCUCUGUGGUGGAUAGUGGAGUGUUUCCCAUGUGGUAUUGGUGUGCUGGAUAUCCCUUCACUGGUAGCCUGGUCACAUACACUCCCAGGUCUUUCUCUGCCUCUGUGGUGGAUAGUGGAGUGUUUCCCAUGUGGUAUUGGUGUGCUGGAGAUCCCUUAACUGGUAGCCUGGUAACAUACACUCCCAGGUCUUUCUCUGCCUCUGUGGUGGAUAGUGGAGUGUUUCCCAUGUGGUAUUGGUGUGCUGGAUAUCCCUUCACUGGUAGCCUGGUAACAUACACUCCCAGGUCUUUCUCUGCCUCUGUGGUGGAUAGUGGAGUGUUUCCCACGUGGUAUUGGUGUGCUGGAUAUCCCCUCCCAAGGUGCAGGACUUUACAUUUUUCAUCAUUGCAUUGUAGUAGCCACUUUUUGUUCCACUCCUAUAGCUUGGUGAUGUCUUCUUGUAGGAAAUCCACAGUCAAGGGGUUAAAAAUAGGCCUUUCUGACAAACUGUUGCAAUUUUUAUAACACUCUUAUUUCCCUUAUAAGAUUACAUUACGUCGUUUGUCUGGUGGAGAACAGUUUUGAUUCUUCGCAGAGACAAACAAAGGGAAACAAUUCAAAGUGUUUUUAUUCCUCUUAAUAAUGAACAAAUACUUGACUUCUGGGCUGCCAACGGAGUAAUGGAUUGUUUCAUCUUUAGGGCGAACAAAGAAAUUAGCGCCUGAAUGUUCAAACGCUGUAUUAGCCUUCGUCAAGAACACUGUGGCUGACUUGUCUUUGCUGGUUCGUUAAUGUGUUGACUUCACUCUGAAAAUCCAGGACUUCUAGCUAACAACUCCAUCUCAAAAUUAGAAGCAAAGUCACACCAGCCACAGAGCUUGAUACUACUACCAUGCUUGAAAAACCCAGCGUACAUGACUAAACGAUAUAUGUACGUACCUCCUUGAGACGACAAGUAAUAUAUGGAGCC